AUGAAGAACAGCGGUCAACGCGGGAUGAACCGGAGACAGCAGCGGCUGUACGGUCAGCGAAGGCGCCAGCUGGGCGAACGACGAGAGCUGGAAACUCGAAACGAACGCGAGCAGCAGUGGACGACACUGGUGUGCGCGACGUCACGAGUGGACUCGUGGUGGAGCGACGGAGACGGCGACGGCGCAACGGAGCCGGGCCGCACGUGCUCGAGUACGAGCUGUGUCCGUGCAGUGGCCCACGACGAUGAACGACGGGCGACGGUGAGUUAUGGCUCGACGCAGAUGGACGCUCACGAGCACGGAGGACGCCGGUGGCUCAAUACGAACGACUCAACAUGGACGACCGGGUCGUGGAAGACCCUGGGUAUGAGGAAGACGCGUAAGGAGGCCGACGACACGGCGAAGGACGAGACGGUGGGUGCAGCAACCACGCCGUGCGACGGCGUUGAAGUAGACGGCGGCGUGGGACGUGAAUCCGGCUGGCAUUGUGGUCGGCAGGAUCUGCUGCACGGUACCGAGGGAUCUACUGGAUCUUCGGGCCCGCUAGACUCCGCGAACCCCACGGCAGAGCUCACUUUGAGUUUUGACGGCCAGCGAGCAGGCCCGAGGAACGCACGUUUGGCAGCAAGCGCAACAAGCGGUGAACGGACGAACGACAGGUGGACGAAGGGCGGUGGACGCUAA